AUGGACAACGUCAAAAAAAAGGUCUACAGCGCGUUGAACUAUUUCCACACGGACGAUGACUUCAAUCGAGUUACAUUUGGAUUGAAAAGAAAUGCAUUAUCAGCCCGUUUAGUGAGGUGGAGAUUCGCAGAUUUAGUCUUAUUGGGAGUGUUGUGUGUUUUGUACAUUGUCACGUAUAAGAUUGAGCCAUUUCAGAGGCAGUUUUUCAUCAACGACCUUACGAUCUCGCAUCCGUUUGCAGAAUCCGAAAGAGUGACAAAUGGGGCAUUAUUCUUCUAUUCGGUGUGGGAGCCAAUAAUGGUUAUCGGCGUGAUAGGAUUAAUCAUGACAAAGCCCGAGAACAAGAUAUACGUGACGUACGUGUCGAUUCUUGGACUCUGCAUCUCUUGCUUCACCACUAGCGUGGUUACUGACGUUCUCAAGAAUUUAAUCGGCAGACAUCGUCCUGAUUUCCUCGCUCGUUGUGUUCCUAGAAGCGACGCACCUCUCAAUGUAAUGGUCUUUGCCAAAGAUGUCUGCACCACCGAUAAUCUUGACUUAUUGAAAGACGGCUUCCGUACCACGCCUUCGGGCCAUUCCAGUAUCAGUUUUUCCGGUCUCGUGUACUUGUCGUUGUGGUUAAGUGGUCAAUUGGUUAUCAUGAACGAAAAUCUGGGCUACUGGAGAUCUAUCCUCGCGUGGAUUCCUACAUUGCAAUGUACAUAUAUUGCGUUGAGUCGUACCGAAGACUACAGACAUCAUUUUGUCGAUGUCAUCAUAGGAAGUCUUAUUGGAUUAGGUAUGGCAUGUUGGGCUUAUCGCAGAUUAUUUCCACAUAUCACCCAUCCAAAAUCAUAUGAACCAUAUAUUAUCAUUUCUGAAGAAGAAGAUAAUGACAAUCCCGAUACACAGUAUAAUAGAAUCAACCAAGAUGAAUCUCUUAGUGUCUAG